UCCCUUCCCAUCCCAUUCCAGGGCCGGGAUGUUCCAUCCCUAGCGCUCCAGCCGUGCUCCGGAUGUCGGCCCUUCCCGAGGCAUCAUCGGGAAGCGGCUCCGGCCGCGGCGUCUCCCCGGACGGGGAUCCUUGGGUGGGAUCAGGAUCGGGAUCGGGAAUGGAGUCGGGAACGGGAGCGGAGGGAUCCAAGGAGGAGGAGGAGGAGGAGCAGACUCGGAUCCUCAAGGUUUGCUUCUACAGCAACAGCUUCAACAUGGGCAAGAACUUCAAGCUGGUCAAGUGCGCCGUGAGCACCGAGAUCCGGGAGGUGAUCCGGUCGAUCCUGCUGAGCGGUCGGAUCGGGCCGGACAUCCGGUUAUCCCGCUGCUACGGAUUGAGGCUCAAACACGUCAAAUCCGACGAGAUCCAUUGGCUGCACCCGGAGCUGACGGUGGGAGAGGUGCAGGACAGGUACGAGUGUCUGCACCUCGAGGCCGAGUGGAGGUACGACCUGCAGAUCCGGUACCUGCCCGAGGAUUUCCUGGAGCGCUUCCAGGAGGACAGGACCACCCUGCUCUACUUCUACCAGCAGCUGCGCAGUGAGUACAUGCAGAACUACGCCAGCAAGGUGAGCGAGGGCAUGGCCCUGCAGCUCGGCUGCCUCGAGCUCAGGAGGUUCUACAAGGACAUGCCCCACAACGCGCUGGACAAGAAAUCCAACUUCGAGUUCCUGGAGAAGGAGGUGGGGCUGGACCUGUUCUUCCCCAGCCAGAUGCUGGAGAACCUCAAG